AUGGGGGCUCUGGCCCUGUUGGGGCUUCCUCUCCUGCUGCCGUUGCUCACAGUACUGCUUGGCCAACCCUUAGGGGUCUUGGCCCAGAGCCAGGUCUGCUCUGUGAACCAGACCAUCUUCCAGUUCGAGGAGAACACAAUUAUUACCGGGCCUCUGGCAGUCAUCUCUGUCCCGGAGGGCCAGGAGGUGAUCCUGGGAUCCUCAUCCACCCCCUCGGCAUUUCAGAUCCAAAAUGAUCAGCUGUUUCUCAUCGCGACUCUGGAUUAUGAGGAAACCCAGAUCCUGCAGGCAUACCUGGAGUGCAAGAGAGGGACCACGGUGGUGACACAGCUGAGGGUGUUGGUGUCGGUGUUGGAUGUCAAUGACAAUGCUCCAGAGUUCAGUUUUACCAUUAAGGAGCAGGAGGUGCCAGAGGACACCAAAGUGAACUCUGUGGUCAUUCCUGAAGAAGAUUUGAAGGCUACAGACCGAGACAAGGAUGACAUCUUGAUCUACACCCUCCAGGAAGUGACCCCAGGUGCCAGCAGCUUCUUCUCCCUGGAGGGAGCAAACCGCCCCGCUCUGAGGCUGGACCAAUCCCUGGAUUUCUACAAGAUGCAGACCAUGACCUUCCAGCUGUUGGUGCGGGACACUUGGGAUGAGAACAAAGUACCCAGCCACACGACCAACGCCACCCUGGUCCUGAAGGUGCUGCCAGCCGAUCUUCGGCCCCCCUGGUUCCUGCCUUGCACCUACUCAGAUGGCUAUGUCUGCCUCCAGGCCCAGUACUAUGGGGCCAUCCCCACGGGAUAUACUCUGCCGUCCCCUCUUAUCCUGCGUCCCGGGCCCAUCUAUGCUGUGGAUGGAGAUGAGGGUAUCAACCAGCGUAUCAUCUACAGCAUCAUAGGAGGAAACCAGGAUAACACAUUCGUCAUCGAUGCUGACUCUGGCAACCUCACUAUGGCCAAGAUUGUCCCUAGUGCUAUGACCUUCCUCUUGCUGAUCAGGGGUGAACAGGCAGAUCUGGCCCGUUACUCAGUGACCCAGGUGACUGUGGAGGCCCGGGCUGCCACGGGGGAGCCACCCAGAUUCUCCCAGAGCCUGUACCGUGGCACUGUGGUGAUUGGCUCUGGGGUUGGUGUGGCAGUCAAGGAUGCAACUGCUCCCUCUCAGCCUCUGAGGAUCUGGGCUCAGGACUCUGAGUUCCCGGUCUUCAACUCAGCCAUCACAUAUCGAAUCACCAACUGCUCAGAGUUCCAGAUGAAUGGGGAGUUUGUGCUGACAGCGGUGGCCCUGGAGCAAGAAGGAGUCUUCUAUGCUGAGGUAGAGGCCCAAAACACUGUGACCUCUGGCACAGCGACCACCGUGGCUGAGAUCCGGGUGUCAGAGCUGGACCCCCCCUCUACAGAGCCCCCCAUCUCCCCAGAGACUGGAGGGACAGCUACAUCUUCAAGCAGCACCACCUCCGAUACACCCAGGCCGCCUGGAACCUCUGAAGGACAUUCCACAACCAGCUCUGACCCUCACCCACCCUCAGGCACGACUCUGACGCCACCUGCUUCACCCACAUCUGGGGGGGACCCCACUGUGGGAACUAGCACCUCCCCCCAGCCUGGAGGGGGCUCAACACCGACCCCCAAACCAGGAACCUCUCAGCCUACGACCCCCACUGUGGGAACUAGCACCUCCCCCCAGCCAGCUACUCCUGGAGGGGGCUCAACACUGACCCCCAAACCAGGAACCUCUCAGCCUACGACCCCCACUGUGGGAACUAGCACCUCCCCCCAGCCAGCUAUUCCUGGAGGGGGCUCAACACUGACCCCCAAACCAGCAACCUCUCAGCCUACGACCCCCACUGUGGGAACUAGCACCUCCCCCCAGCCAGCUACUCCUGGAGGGGGCUCAACACAGACACCGAAGCCAGCAAACACCCCUGGGCCCAGCAGGAGCCCUUCACCCUCAGGGAUGCCAGAAGACAGCCCUGGCGUGGAGCCAAGUGGUGGUCAGCACUUCUCCAUCGUGGACAUGGCAGUGCUGGGUGGGGUGCUGGGAGCGCUGCUGCUGCUGACCCUCAUCGCCCUGGCUGUUCUCAUCUACAAGCACUAUGGUCACCGGCUCAAUUGCUGCUCUGGCAAAGCUGGGAAACCCCAGCCCGGCGGCUUUGACAACCAGGCCUUCCUCGCAGACGACGAGGUCAAGUGGAAGCCCACCCCCACGCCCACGCCCAGCCCCAGGCCGGACCCCGCCCCGACGGAGGCGCCGCCCGCGCCCCCCGACCCCGCGCGGCCCGGCCCCGAGCCUCUGCGCCGCGCCUCCGAGGCCCCCGCGGCCGCCCGCGCUGGGGACAGCCCCUCGGCCGUGAGGUCCAUCCUGACCAAGGAGCGGCGGCCCGAGGGCGGCUACAAGGCCGUGUGGUUCGGCGAGGACAUCGGGGCCGAGGCCGACGUGGUGGUCCUCAACACGCCCAACGCGGACGCUGACGGCGCCCGCGACUCGGGCAGCGAGGGCAGCGGCGACGAGGACUCCGGCCAGGCGCGGGGCGGCGAUUCCACCGACAUCUAA